AUGCCGCCCGGAUUUUCUAAUUCCAGAGAAGGGUAUCAAGCUCUCCACCAGGACACUCAUCUCAGCGAUGAAGAUCUCGAAGAUUUACCAGGGAGAACAAACCACAACCAGACGUUGUCCGUCUGGCUCCUUGCGAUCACGAUUGUAUGCACUGUCUUAGAUUUUUCUAUGGUUGCAUGGGACCGAUUUCCUCGAAUCGACCUUCGCCCCACUUCAACUUCAGACGAGUUUGAGCUACUCCCGUUCCAGAACCCAUACCUCAACCUCGAUAUCCUCUACAAGGAUUCUAAUCUCAACAAUUCUACCCACGAUCCGAUCAUCAAUAAUGUACCAGUAAUCGCUCAAGUGUCCAAUACGGAGCAUCAGAAAGUCUUCCCUCCGUUUCAGCCCUUUAAGUCGGUGGGAGAAUACACAGCUCCCAUAUUCGAGCAAUGGUUGAUAGUGACACACGAAGUCGAGAGCAUCGCACAGUUUCGCGUACUUGAUUUUGGCAUGGAGAAUUGCAGUCUCUCACUUACUGUCCCUCCACGAAACAGCACGGGAGAUCUUCUAUCCACGGAUCUUGACGAUUCUGUAAUUCUCGACGUCUGGUCUCUACCAGCUAGACAUAAGUUGGACCUAUACAACUUGUCAUGGGCGAAACUUCCUCGACCGAGGGUACACAUUGGCCACAUGAAUGCGUCAUACGGGAAGACGUAUCGUAUGCCAGGCUUCAAGUGUAAAUCGCAGUCGUACCAGACAUUUGCAGUGUCCUGCUCUAGUCCUGGUUGUUUUGUGAAUAUCACAGGCAAGGAUCUGGGGCCUUCAGGAUUAUACAUGUAUCAGAGUCAAACAAUUUAA